AUGGCGGACACCAUCAUCCAACGACUGAACGACAACGUCAACGCCACCACCAACGACUCGGCAGUGGCACUGGAUGAACGACUGUUCGACGAGGCCGAGUUGAUUGUCACGCAGAGCCUACCGGCAGAGACUCGACUUCAACUAGUGUCAUCGCUUUCAUCUCUGCUUCUGAACCUCCAGCAAGAUCCCACUCCUGCCGUCAAUCUACUUCUCAAGCUAGUCGAGCCAUUCUCCUUUAGCCAUGUCUUGCAGCUCGGCAAUGUACCAUUCACGGAAGGCCUCGCUGUGGGCGAGCACAUGGUGGCCUUCAACCGACUAAUCCUGGCGCUGCUAAGCAAGGCGUCUCACAAUGCUGCAGAUGCCGCUACAUUAGCUGGCAUGCUGGAUACCGUGCUAGCUCUGGUUCGACUCUGGCUGUGUACGCGCGACACCGGUAUCACAAACCAAAGCCAUCAAAUAUUACUGGACCUACUAGCCGUGGACCAACAGCGAGAAGACACCGACGCACAUGUUCCUACAGGUGGCCAGGGCUUGUUCUGGAAGAGGAUCUUUGGUGACCGCGAUGUGUAUCGAACCUUCUUCGAAGCCUGCUCACUGACGGGUCCCUCGUUACUGAAGCUCAACAAGAGUCAACGUACCCUCGCACAAGCUCGUCUGAUGGAAUGGCUUCCGAAAGUCGCAGCAAUGGACUGGAAUGCUGCAUCGAAGAGCCACCAUCCUGAGAUCGAGGCCGAGUAUAAGGUGAAUGGAGGCCUACUGGAUCUCGCUGCUACACAUAUGGUCGAUACCAAAGACGACGUUCUGAUGCAUCAGGUACUGAUCAACUUCUACUCGGACAUUCUACGAGCGACGAAGCCUACUGUUCGUCUAGCAGGCAGUCCAGGAGACUCAGCUGGACUGAGAUACCUGGUCACUCAAGGCGUGCACGCGGGAACAGCAGCCAUCUACGUCCAGCUUCCAGGUGUCCAGCUAGACCCAUUGGAGGCGAUGUUUUUAUACGGUCCAGCCGCACACUACAUUGCCACAUAUGCCUCAGAAUACCCCGAUCACUUCCUCGCAAGCCAGAUGCCGAAGCAAGCCCUAGAUCGUCUAGGCGUGGCCCUCGAUCUGUCCGCAGCCAAGUGGGCACAUUCUGACUCACCAAAGCACGAUCUCCACCUCCUUGCAAGCUUACCUCGUAAGGCCCUCUUGGCAACGACUGGAACUGCUGGAUGGCGAGCGAGUCCGUUAUCACUGCUGCCAUCCAAAGCGACAAACCCAGACGUGCUCAACACGCUGGCAGCAGUCUUCCACGGACCUGCACGGGACGUCAUCUUCCGACCAGGAACCACACUCGAGCAAGAGCCAACCACCAUUGAAGAGGCAUCACAAGCUCGAGCUCUAUACUACCACUACAUCGCCAGCAACAACCGCUUCUGGGAAGACAUCACAAGACACGCAGACACCGUAGCGCUGAAAGAUCUCGCCCUAGCAGCUAUCAACUGCCUCACAGCCGUCGUAACCGCUAACUGGAACGACUCCGAAACCGAAACCACCACCCUCCCAACCACUCUCGCAACCCCACCAUCCGGCCACCUCGCAAUCCUCUCCCCACCUGCUCUGGAAUACGCUCUCCCAUAUCUGCUGAAGCCACCGCAGACUUUCGCAAAUAUCGUGGGAGGGAGGGGUGAUGCCGAGAGCUCAGCGUAUAAAAUUGCGGCGGCGAAGUUCGAUUCGCUGAAGGCUUUUCAGGUUCGCUUGGUGACACAGGUUGAGCAGAGUCCGGGUCAAGGGUACGAGGACAUUUUGGCGACGAUUAAUAAAAGAUUGGCGGAAGGACCGCUGAGUAAGGAGGGAGAGGUGGGGGGACAGGUUGGUACGAUGGAGCUGUGA